AAAUUGUAAACACGUUUGUAGGUUAUUAGUUAAGAAGGUACUCGCAACGGCGCCCCUGUCGCCAGUGUAAAAUUUCCGAUGCGUUUGCGAAUCUGAGCUGUGUGCAAGGUCACUCGGCGUCUCCGGCUCCAAGGGUGGGUCUGGCCUUUUUGUGGGAGAGGUCACACACGGCGAGGAUAAGUGCGAUUAAUUGAAAGAACCUCGAGGAAGCCCGGGAAGGGAUCGAGGUCGCUCGAGGUCGGCUCGGGCUCUCGACAGAACGUGAAUAAAAUUGUGGGGCUGAGGCUGGAACGUUGGUUCUUGGUCUAUGCCAUAGACACAUUAGACGACAGACACAGUGCGGCUUCCUAUCGGUUUUCAACGAAGAGCUGCCGAAUUUGCCGAUAACAAAAACUACGGAUGGGUUCCUCGUGAUAUUACUGGAGUUACGGCCUUAUCGCUCCUUUUUCUCUCUAUUUAUCUACUUGCUUUGCACGAGAAAAUUCUACACGAUUUACUUUCCUGUCCUGAACUCUCGAUGGCUGCAGAUACUCGGAGUGGGGGAAAACAAGCCGUGUCCGCCUAAAUAUUCCUGUGAAGCUUUAUGCCGGAAUAUGUCAAGUUUAAAGAUCGGUAAGAAGAAAAUACAUCACGGUUAACACGUCGGUUAUGCACUUGCUUGAGCUGCGAUCGACGGAACCUGAUCGAAGGAGAGACCGCGGCCAGUAGAAAACCACUGAAAAUCAAGCUAAAGAAUGAAUGCCUGCUGCACUCGCGCCGCCGAUACGACACAGCCAGGCUUAGAGUUCAUACAAGUAGUACGCGAGUAGCAGAAAUAAGCUCGCGAAGCUAAGAGACGUACAACACUUUGUAUCGCACAUGGCAGCCAUGAAGCAUGGCAAGACGAGUCAGGACGACGUAUGUUACGUCGUCGCGAAGUACGAUUACGGGGCUCAGGGUGCCCAGGAGUUGGAUCUACGUAAAAACGAGCGAUACUUGUUGCUCGACGACUCCAAACACUGGUGGAGAGUACAGAGUGCUCGUGGACACGCUGGUUACGUGCCAAGUAACUACGUUAAGAAGGAGAAGCCAUCACUGUUUGACAGUAUUAAGAAGAAGGUUAAGAAAGGUUCCGGAUCUAAGACUCUUCCCUCGAGUAACUCUCCGUCCCGGGCAGUGGAGUCACCUACCAUGGCCCGAAGGUUGCCUGCAGAUCCAAGCGAAGCAAUUGGAACAGCUGUAGUCAAGUACAAUUAUCAAGCUCAACAAGCUGACGAGCUCUCACUAGUGAAAGGCACGAGAAUCCUCAUACUUGAAAAGAGCAACGAUGGCUGGUGGAGAGGCCAGUCUGGUAAUCAGGCUGGAUGGUUUCCGUCAAACUAUACCCAGGAAGAAGGAGACGCGGAUGAUACUUUACAUACCUACGCAAUGGCCGAGAACGUAUUGGACAUCGUGGUCGCACUAUAUUCAUUCUCUUCCAACAACGACCAGGAGCUCUCUUUCGAGAAGGGCGAUCGCUUAGAGAUCCUUGAUCGUCCACCAGCAGAUCCUGAAUGGUACAAAGCACGAAAUGGUCAGGGUCAGAUUGGUCUGGUCCCUAGGAACUACCUUCAGGAACUCAGCGAGUACCUUACACAACCGUACCGUGAACGAGCUGCUGCCGGUAUACCAAGUAACGAGGUCGGGACUGGAGAUUCUCUGGAACGAAGGCCUGAUCCUGGCGAUAGACCUCAUCUUGUGGGAAAACCUUGGUAUUACGGUAGCAUCACAAGGUCGCAGUGCGACACCCUACUCAACCAGCACGGCCAUGACGGAGACUUUCUCAUAAGAGACAGCGAAACUAAUAUGGGUGACUACUCGGUAUCGCUAAAAGCACCAGGUCGCAACAAGCACUUCAGGGUACACGUGGAAGGCGCCCUGUACUGUAUUGGCCAGAGAAAAUUCCACACGUUGGAUCAACUGGUUGAUCACUAUCAGCGUGCUCCAAUCUAUACGAAUAAACAGGGCGAAAAGCUCUACUUGGUGCGUCCGCUACCUAAAGGAAAUCCUAGCAGUAACGGUUGCUAGGUAUAAAAUUAGUUCUCUCCAUUCCGGAGACGGACGUGGUGGAAGUUCAGGACGUCCGAUGGCAACGCAUCCGGUCGCUUCUGGACUUUCUCGGUACCGCGCGCCUGCCUAGUUAUUAAUAUCAAUAUCAUCGUCUCGUACGUUUCUACAUAACGACAUUAACAUAAUUGGUGAGCUCGUAUAUCAUAGUGUUGCGAAUAUAAUUUGUCCAUUUUUACUACUCGAUUAUUUAUUACCCGUAAGUAAAUUGCGCGGCUUCUUCUCGCAGCGAGUCUUUACUAGCGAAUGUCGUGCUAAUAACCGAGAACGGUAUAAAACACAGAUGUGGGGGACAAGGAUCAGUUGAUGAUAACGAUGACGAUGACGUUCACGAGAAGAAGUAUUACUGAGGAUAUGACACGGCAGCUACGUGACCAUCUAGUUGACACAAAACGGCUUCUCUUUAUAUAUCUAUGUAAUUGUACUACAGUGACGCGAUAAAAAAACGAUCAUGUUAUUACAAUUAUAAUAUAUAAACACUACGCAUAUUCUAGGACCGCAACGUAUAACGAUCAAGUAACUAUUAUUAUUAAUGGAAAACUCAUGGCGAACGAGUUAUCCCAAUAUUCUUCCCAGCCUUUUAUCCUUUUUAUUCUUCCUCCAGGUCUUAAAUAAUAUCCUUCCAACCCUUCCCUAAAACGAGUCUUCUUACUGGAAAAGAAAAAAAAAACGAAAACACCAUAUCGUUCGCUCUCCAUUGGUUAUAAGUUUACGCAAAGACUAAGUGUUCAUUUGUGAUUUUGUAUUUAUUAGAGCAUUUUUAAGUAAAUAAACCGUAUUUAAGUGUGCAUUCGUA